UGGGCAACAAGAGUGAAACUCCAUCUCAAAAAAAAAAAAAAAAGUAGCAACCAUUUGUGGGAGUUAUUAGUUAGAUACCCUUGUCAGAUAUACUGGCCUUGAUUCUGACACUACAAUAGUACUCCUCGCCUAGGCUGCAAUUUUCAUAUGCUGUGAAAAGUGGUUAGCAAAGCAACCAGACAGCUUAAGUUAUCCAUUGACAUUUCCUGCCUGCAUAGUCAUAUCCAGGUAAGAAUACCAAAUAGGUGGUAAAUGAAAAUGAAGAUUAGCUAAUCUCUCAUAGCAAUGCCAUCUUAACGUGUCUUUCUUUACGCUCAGUCUCCGUGGAGUCCUCACAUCCUUAGAAGUAUCGUUUGUGUUUUACUGAGCUGACACACCAAAGAAGUUCUGAUCCACAAAAAACAUUUUGUAUUUUUCCUUCAACAUCCCUUCCUUUCCCACUUUCCCAUUGGAAAUGGUUUCCCCUGCUUCCCAAGAGAUCUUCACCGGCCGACUGAGGGAGCCCACUUCUGCAUCCCCCAUGUUGGUUGUCCUCUGUUUGUUGGUUCUAUGCACAAACCCUCUUGACUCACCUUCCCCUCUACUCCCCUCCACCUUCUCUUUUACCAAGGUCAGACCUAGUUUUUCCAAAGCCUAUUGAUCAUGACUGUAGGUCAACAGUAUCCUAGACCCCGUGGUUAGGACAAAGAUGAGUAAGAUUCCCACCCCACCCUGGAGCUCUCACACUGAAGAGUUAGUUAUGGGGAUAAAUGGAUGAGUAGGUGGUUGGGGGGAUGGAUGGAGAGAGAGAACACAAAGGCUUUGCAGACAGACAUACUGAGUUUGAAUCUCAAAUAAGACAGAUGCUAGCUCUCUGAACUUAGGCAAGAUAGCAAGAGCCUCAGAUUCCUCAUCUAUAAAAUGGGGGUAGUAAUUCCUACCUAGUCUGGGUGGUUGUAAAGAUCAGAGACUGUAAAUUGCUUAGGGAACUGCUUGGUUAAGCAACAUGUAAGUGACAUAAGAGAAGUGCAAACAAAAGGGGUGGGGGUUCCCAGAGGGAAGGCUCACACCUGCAGGAGGCCACACAUGAGCGUGUGUGCGUGUGCACGUGUGCAGGGCCCUCCCAGCCUCCAGGUGAUCUGACUUCCCCAGCACAGCCUAUGCAGAGCAGCAGAGCUGGGCAGCACAGACUAUGCAGAACAGAGCUGGGCAACGCAGACCUGGGAGCCAGCAAGUCCACACAGUCUGGCAUUUACAAGUGAAACAGCUCAGAGGCUGAGAAUGGUGUGGAGGAGAAAAAGAAAGCCUGCAGGUCGCCAACAGCCCAAUCCCCUACCCCAUCUGUGGAGGCCGACUCCCCAGACCAGAAGAAAAUCAUUAGCCUACGCCCAUGUCUUCUCUCCAAAUCUAUGCUUCAUUCAGGACCAAGAGUCAAAAUCCAGUUUUGAUGGUGCCUCUUUAGCAAGUGAUAAGAACGACUGUAAAACAGAAAGCAAAAAUGACCCUAAGACUGAAAGAAAAAAGUCUUCAUCUUCCGGCCAGUACAAGGCCAAUAUGCACUUUCACAAGUUGUUUCUUAGUGUCCCAACGGAGGAACCACUGAAGCAAAGCUUUACCUGUGCUCUACAGAAAGAAAUACUAUACCAAGGAAAGCUCUUUGUAUCAGAAAACUGGAUUUGUUUUCAUUCCAAGGUCUUUGGAAAAGACACAAAGAUCUCUAUUCCAGCUUUCUCAGUAACCCUAAUAAAGAAAACCAAAACUGCUCUUCUAGUGCCAAACGCCCUGAUCAUAGCAACGGUCACAGACAGGUACAUAUUUGUCUCCUUACUCUCCAGAGAUUCAACUUACAAACUACUAAAAUCUGUGUGUGGACACUUAGAAAAUACAAGUGUUGGUAACAGUCCCAAUCCAUCUUCUGCUGAAAACAGUUUCCGAGCAGACCGCCCGUCAUCUCUGCCUCUGGAUUUCAAUGAUGAAUUCUCAGAUCUGGAUGGAGUGGUUCAACAAAGAAGGCAAGACAUGGAAGGAUACAGCAGUUCUGGUUCUCAAACUCCUGAAUCUGAGAACUCUCGAGUAGAUUUCCAUGUGACAGAAUCCCAAACAGUUCUGAAUGUCUCCAAGGGAGAAGCAAAGCCAACUCGGGCAGAUGCCCAUGUGAACAGAGUACCUGAAGGAAAAGCCAAGAGUCUCCCUGCACAGGGUCUGUCAGAAACUGUUGGAAUCUUACAUAAAGUCAAGUCUCAGAAAUGUCCAAUGCUUCACCAUAUUCUUAUAUUCUAUGCAAUUGUUGUCUGUGCACUAAUCAUCUCGACCUUCUAUAUGAGAUACAGAAUUAAUACUCUGGAGGAGCAGCUGGGGUUACUAACCUCCAUUGUGGACACCCAUAAUACUGAACAGGCAGCACCAUCUGGCCUGGGAUCACAAGUACAAUUCAAUGUGGAAGUUCUCUGUCAAGAGCUUACAGCUAACAUAGUGAAAUUAGAAAAGAUACAAAAUAACUUACAGAAGCUGCUUGAGAAUGGUGACUGAUCGACCAGAUUGAUUGGACCUUCGGAAUACCUCAUGUUUCCCUUUGAAGAAGGUGCUUCCCGGGGCGUUUUGUUUGAGUGCGCCCUGCUGGUCAGAGGCGCAAACAGAUGAGAAUCCAGACAUUGCAUGUGGCGGUCUCCAGCUCAGGAAAGUGGGGAGGGAAAUAAUUUUGGUUCUUGUGCAAUAAAAGUUGACCUUGAGUCUCUGAGGAAGAUUUUGCUGCUGCUGCCUGAAGAAAACAGACCCAUCUCUGGUGGUCUCAGGAAGGGCCCAGCGGACACACUCUCUUGAAUAAUUACCAUAAUGGCAUCAGCAAACACUCCACCCUGUGCCUUGUUCAUCCUUCCCGCCCUCCUGCCUCUCCCUUACACCCCUCUUAACGACUUUCAAACUAAAGGAUACAUCUUAUACGGACGAACUCAAUGUGGUCCUUUCAAGAAUUAGCCACAAGUCUGAAAAAGGCAAUAAAUGGCUCUAAGUGGACAGGUUUGCUUCAAACAAGUAACAUCUACAUUUUGUCUUUUUUUUUUUUUUUUUUUUUUAGUCCUCCUGUUAUGUUCUGGUUUAAAUCACCUGUGUAUCUUAAUUUCUCAAUUCCUUUUUGGCAAGAAUAUCAAGCAAGGUGGAUUUAACAUUCCGUUUAUGUUUUGUUUUGUUGCUGUAACUAAUAGUUAAUUGGACUGGUCAAGAAUCUGUGAGGCAUGUGACUGAAGUACUAAAUUAAACUUAUGUUGAAACCAAACCUAAUUUUUAAGCCAAAAGGUAUAUAGUGAUUUAAUACAGGAUGAAAAACACUGAAUUUUUAAGACUGUAGGUGGACCAUGAUAGUAGUUUUGAAACAGGAUGUCUGUAUUCAGCAUUCAAUAAUGCUAAAAUCCAUUUCAGCAUGAAAUUUGUAUGUUUUUAUCUUUUGCUGACUAAAAUAAAAUAACUGGUGGUAUGCUAUUUACCAUAUGGGUUGGCUGGUUUUUAUUAAUAAUUGUUUAGGGUAUCAUAAGAUCUGUAAGUAUAAAGGAUAUUCUGUUUCUAUCCACAAUGCAUUUGAUAAUCAUUUCUAUGAAAUGUAUUUUAUUUAAUCAGAUAAGCUAAUAAGUGAAUUGGUUACAUCGUUUGUAUCUGUUAGCCUAGUGGACAGCUGUGCCUGGUGCACCUCUGGCUUUUAAUAAAUACUCAUUGGUUGAAACGCCCUGCUAA